UUGAGUUUUCGCGACUUUAUUCCACCUCCCGUUCAACACACCCGCAGCUCCAAAUCCGGAGACCGACGACAUCAUGGCCAGCGCGCCAGCCCCGCCGCCCCGCCGCGUGGUCGUCUGCGGCGGUGGCGUUGUCGGCGCUUGCACGGCCUAUUUCCUCUCCACCCACCCCGCCUCCCCCACCGUGCCGACCCUCAUCGAGAAGUCCUCCCCCGCUUGCGCUGCCUCAGGCAAGGCGGGCGGCUUCCUCGCCCUCGACUGGAGCGACUCCACCCCCGCACUCUCGGCGCUGGCGCGCGCAUCCUUCGGUCUCCACCACCGCCUCGCCGCUGCCCUCGACGGCGCCAACGCGUACGGCUUCCGCCCCGUCCACACCCUCUCCAUCUGCCUCCCCUCUCAGCCCGCCGAGCCCCUCUCACCCCACCCGCUCCUCCCUUCCUGGGUCGACCCCUCCGCCUCCGCCGCGCCGCCGCGCCAGCUCGGAACUCCGGACACCACCGCGCAGGUCCAUCCGGGCCUCUUCACCAAGGCCGUCCUCGCCGCGUCCGGCGCCGAGGUGGUCAUCGGCGAGGUGGAGCGCGUGGUGGUCGGCGAAGGGUGUGUCGUUGGCGUCGCGGUGAAGGGGCGCGGCGUGGUGGACGCGGAUGCCGUGGUGCUCGCGCUCGGCCCUUGGUCUGGGCGUUUCGAGAUGGUCAUAGAGGUGUUCGACGUGUCCGGGCUCAAGGCGCACAGCAUCGUGCUCCGGCCGCGCAACCCCGACAAGAUCACGCCGCACUGCCUGUUCCUGAGCUACCAGCCGGAGCCCGGCGCCAAGAUGCUCGACCCGGAGGUCUACCCGCGCCCCACGGGGGAGGUGUACAUUUGCGGAAUGAGCAAGGACGAGGAUGUUCCAGAUGAUCCGGCAGCGAUUGACGGGGAGCCGGACUCCAUUGCAAUGCUUCACAAGAUCGCUGGGAGGGUGUCCAGCCAACUGAAGACAGAGGAGGGCGCAGAGGUAGUCGCGGAACAGGCCUGCUACCUCCCGUGCACCAAUGACGGGCUGCCGGUCAUCGGGGAGAUGCCUGGGGUGAAGGGAUGCUACGUUGCAACCGGGCACAGCUGCUGGGGCAUCCUCAAUGCUCCUGCUACCGGUGCAGCACUCGCCGAGCUCAUCCUUGAUGGGCAGGCCAAGAUUGUUGAUCUUGUGCCCUUCAGCCCGGCAAGAUUUCUCAAGAAGAAGAGCAGGCGCGGAGUGUAAUGGCAUGCGCGGUUUGUUUCGAUCUGAUGUUCCAAACUUGGCAACCGAAUAAAAAGCUAUCCUCUCUUGCCUGUCCGAGGGGAUAGGCAAAUAAUGUACGGAUAAAUAAAACCUUCAACACUUGCUGUCGAGUGUUGUGGAGAUGGAUAGAUCCUGUUUUACUUUUAUCUGAUGCUGUAGUGAUCUAAAUGCUCUUAUAUUUAUAUAUGGAGGGAGUACCAAAUGUACCAA